UCAAUAUGGCGGGUGAAUAACGAAGGUUCAAUACGAUUUCUAACAUCAAAUCGUUACAAAAAUCCACACAGUCGACGCUUGCGCAGUGGGAAUAUGGCAGACAAAAAAGGGAAACAUGUUGCUGUCAAACGGACGUUGACUAAAAAAGAACAGGAGGAGCUGAAGAAAAAGGAAGAAGAAAAGGCAGCAGAGGUUUUUGAAGAGUUUUUAGCAUCUUUUGACAGUAAUGAGAAAAGCGGAGUGAAGACCUUUGUACGCGGGGGGAUCGUGAACGCAACUAAAGAAGAGGAAGCAGCAGAGGUGAAGAAGAGCAAGAUUUACCGACCGGCCACGAAGUUUGCACCACUGUCUCAGAAUGUUUUAUCGACACAGUCCUCUGAAGUCAGGAAGCCUAUUAAAAAGAAGACUGAGGAAAAGAAAAAGAGUAAUCUUGAACUCUUCAAAGAGGAGCUAAAGCAGAUACAAGAGGAGAGGGAGGAGAGGUAUAAAAGGAAGAAAGCUGAACCUGGAGGCUAUGGAGACUUGGACAUACCGCUGUCUCGACGAUCAAUAUUUGAUGAUGACCCUGCUGUGCCAACCACGACCAAUCUGUACAUUGGAUGCAUUAACCCAAAGAUGAAUGAGGAAAUGCUUUGCAAAGAGUUCGGAAAGUACGGGCCUCUGGCCAGCGUGAAGAUCAUGUGGCCUCGCACGGACGAGGAGCGCACCAGGGUCACAAACCGUGGCUUUGUGGCCUUCAUGACACGCAAAGAUGCAGAGAGGGCGCUGGCAGCGCUUGAUGGUAAAACAGUUAUGGGUUUCGAAAUGAAGCUGGGGUGGGGAAAGGCGGUCCGCAUCCCUCCCCAGCCCCUGUACACCCCCAUAGGGGUUCUAAAAAUGUCCACGCCCCCACCCCCAUCCGGCCUGCCCUUCAACGCUCAACCCCGAGAGCGGUUCCGGAACGACUUCACUAAGCCCUGGGGCAGGUCGAAGGAGGAAUUCGAAAAGACUCUGUCCGAAGCCGUAGUCAAAGUGGUUAUCCCAACAGAAAGAAACCUUUUAGGCCUCAUCCACAGGAUGAUAGAGUUUGUGGUGCGUGAGGGACCCAUGUUUGAAGCCAUAAUUAUGAACAAAGAAAAGAACAACCCUGACUUCAGGUUCCUGUUUGACAACAAAAGCCAUGAGCAUGUGUACUACCGCUGGAAGUUGUUCUCCAUUCUCCAGGGUGAAUCCCCCAAUGAGUGGAGGACAGCCGAUUUUCGGAUGUUCCGUGGGGGCUCCCUCUGGCGCCCCCCUCUGUUGAAACCCUAUUUACACGGAGACGAGGACGGCAGCGAAGAGCCCUCGUCUCCCUCCCAGGAGGAAGAGCUUAAGAAAGGCCAGCUGAAGGCAGAGCACAGAGACAAGUUGGAGAACAUUCUGAGAGCCCUCACUCCGCGGAGGGAGGACAUCGGUGACGCCAUGGUGUUCUGUCUGGAGAGGGCGGAGGCGGCCGAGGAGGUGGUGGGGUGCAUCGUGGAGUCCCUGUCCCUCCUGCAGACGCCUCUUCAGAAAAAGAUUGCAAGAUUGUACCUAGUGUCCGAUAUCUUGUACAACUCGUGUGCCAAAGUUGCCAAUGCCUCCUACUAUCGAAAAUACUUUGAAUCAAAACUGCCCCAGAUAUUUGGAGACAUCGGUGAGGCAUAUCGAAACAUUCAGGCAAGGCUUCAAGCUGAACAGUUUAAGCAAAAGGUGAUGGUCUGCUUCAGAGCCUGGGAGGACUGGGCCAUCUACCCGGAGUCCUACCUGAUCCAGCUGCAGAAUAUCUUCUUGGGCCUCAUCAAGGCCGGGGAGGAAGCGGAGGAGAGAGCAGAGGUAACCUCCCCGGACCUGGACGGGGCUCCCCUGGAGGACCUGGACGGUUCGCCCAUGCCCAGCAUGCCUUGGGACCCCACCAGCCUGGACGGGGUGCCCGUGGACGACAUCGACGGGGUUCCCCUGGGCACCCUGCAGGACGACAUCGACGGAAUGCCUCUGGACGAAAGCUCAGAUAAAGAGAAAAGCCUCCCCCAAUCCCGAGUCGCCCUGUCCAAAUGGGAGAGGGUUGACGAUGCAGAGGUCCUGCCCAAAGCUAACACUGAAUCAAAAUGGGACCUGCUGGAAGAACAGGAUUCAGACGAUGAGAUGAACGUUGGUGCGGACGCUAAGGAGGAGGAUGGGGAUACAGGGGAUGACAGCAGCGGAGAGGACUCCUCCAGCCCGUCCAAGUACGACGCUGCCGAAUUCAGAAGCUCCCUGAGCAAAUUCGAGCUGUCCGAGGACAAAAGGACGAAGCUGCGGGAGCUGGAGGUGAAAGUGAUGAAAUUUCAAGAUGAGCUGGAGUCAGGGAAGAGGCCCAGGAAGUUGGGAAUGAGUGUGCAGCAGCAGGUGGAGCACUACAGGAACAAGCUGUUACAGAAGGAGUUUGAUAAGGAUGACCAGGACAGGAAGACUACCCAGAAGUCAAAAGAGAGAGUGAAGAAAGAGGAGAAGAGAGACAAAGCAGAAGACAAGAGUAAAAAGGACAAGGAGAGGAGUAGGAGGGGUAAUAAGGAGGCAAGUCAGGAUCGAGACAGGAACAGGGGCCGGAGCAAAGACGCUGAGGAGGAGAGGGGCCGAGAACGGUACAGAGGAGGCAGCUCCACCUCCCCUUCCAGUGUUGAUUUGAAAAGGGCGAAGUCGAAGUCCCCGAAGAAGUCGAAGCGGCUGCGGUCGCCGUCCCCCGGCAGGAAGUCGAAGAGGUCAAGCUCCCGGUCUCCUCAUCGCUCCCACAAAAAAAUGAAGAAGAGUAAACACUGACCCCGUUCCCCCCCCUCAAAAAACGCCUUCGUCUCUCUCAAACAUCCAACGUGUGUAUAAAGACUCUGCCAACGCUUCCAGUGCCUGGGGCACCCCCUCGCUCGUAUCCCACAAUGCCCCUGGAGUGGCACUCCAGACCCAUCGCCCACACAGUCUCUUCUGUUCACCUCACAGCACACUGGCAAGGACUGCUCGAGCCAAGGUUUGGUACAUUUUUGUAAAAAGAAAGUUUGAAUAUUAUUUGUACGAUUUCAUUUUGCUUUUAUUUUGGUUUAUUUGUUUUGUUCGUUUUGUAAAUCCCUGUUCAAAUCAAAAUAUAUUGCAAGAAUGUCACUGAAACGUCGCAAUAAAUGACUCUUGGCAGAGUUUCCUUGUACUACCGAAACAUAAUGACUCCUGAGUAAUGCAGAAGUAUGCGACAGCAAAUUCUUUAACUGUCCAGUGAUGUCACGGCGGGGUCAAAAAAUGAAAAUAAUAUAAAAUUCCCUUAUCAGAGGGUAGAAGUGAUAAUCCACAACUGAUCUAGUUUACACAACUCUGUGCCCUCAUAUAUUUUUGAUGGAAGGAACACUUUAACCAGUAUCCAUGUCU